GCCCUCCCUGCUCUCCUAGCCUCACCAUGCCCACCAUGCUCUCCCUGCUGGGCCAGGGCACCACCGGUAAGUCGAGGACUACCAGUAUAUUCACUCUGCUCCCUUCUCUUCCUGCAGACCGGGUGGGUUGGCCCCUUCCUGCCGUGGAAGUGGAUUAUCCCGAAGGCCUUGAUCGCUUCAAACAUUUUGCCAGGUUUCUCCUGGAAGGGAAGGUUGUGAAACGGUUGUCGGCUUACAGCUGUUGCCUGCUCUCAAGUCCAGUCACGAUGCUAAAGACCUGGUCCAAACUUCAGCCCAGGACAGAAUCUUUGCUUCAAGCGCUCGUUUCUGAAAAUGCUGAUAAACUGGACACUUUGCAGCUGGCCUGGGAGAAAAAUCCAAAAUAUUUAUUGGCUGAAUAUUGCCAGUGGGUUCCCGAAGUUAUCCAUGAGGAAAUUGCUAAAAUGUGGCCUCCGGUGCAUUGAUGCGGUGAAUGUUUGAGCCAGGAACCCUCCAGCUUGCAUUCUUCCUGAAAAUACCAUGAAGAAAAGCAAGAUCCGUAAUUGCACAAGGAAACGGAAGAAAGAUUAAAUCUUUCUUCAUUUGUCAUCCAAAGGAACAACACGUGUGUAAUUUGUGACCUGCAAAGAAGUGACACGUGGGACAAUUGUGACACAAAAAAUAAUAAUCAUGCAGAUGAUUUUGGUUGGGCUGAAUGCAACAGCUGUCCAGCGAAAAAAUUGAUGCACAUCCUUUCAUACAAACGAAAUUCAUUGUUUCUCAACCUUGGGAACUUUAAGACUUCAACUCCCAGAACCCCCCCAGGGUCUGGCUUCUCUUGAGAACAGACUCUCUUUGGUUGCUAGAACUCGUCCAAUAUUUCUCAACCUGAGCACCUUUUAAGAGGUUUGGACUUCAAUUCCCAGAAUUCCCCCAGCUGGCAAAGUUUGAAACACCCUGGAUUGCUGUCGCAAAGAUCUCACAUUCCAUUAAGCAGCAUUUACUUUAAUCAUGGUUUGUUUUUUUGGCUAAGCCAUGGAGGUUAUCUUUUCCUCCCCAAACCCAGAAACCUUGCUUAGAUACACAGUACAUCCCAAUAGAUUACAUCACACAAACAUAAAACAUGGGCUGCAAACAUAAAAGAUUUAGCAGAGUACACAGCCUUUAUACAUUUCAACUAGACAACUAACUACAGUUAUGCCAAGUUUUGUAGAAAUAAAUGCCAAGAAAGGAAAUACUCUAAUAUGCCACUGCAUAUUGGAAAAAACCCACUAUGGUUUUGAGUCUCUUUGCACCUGUUUCUUUGAGUUUAAAAGGCUCCUGAUGUUAAUCGUGACAUUUUCAGUCCGUAUCCACAGGAUGUUGCAGCCAUUUGUAAAUGUAAUAGUUUGAAUGAAUAUUUGCUGUCGGCGUUUGGUUAUUUAUUUUCCUUUCUUUAGACAUGCAAAGCAUUCAGGGGUUUUAAUCUGAAUGCUCAUGACUGGCGCAAC